UUCCAGCGUAAACGUGUUUCUUUUCGUGUGUAACUUCAAUUAUGGCGGUGGGUAAAAAUAAGGGACUUUCGAAAGGAGGUAAAAAAGGUGUUAAAAAGAAGAUUGUCGAUCCUUUUACUCGUAAGGAUUGGUAUGAUGUUAAGGCACCAUCUAUGUUCACCAACCGUCAUGUUGGCAAAACAUUGGUCAAUAGAACUCAAGGAACAAAAAUUGCUUCUGAGGGAUUAAAAUACAGAGUAUUUGAAGUAUCCUUAGCAGAUUUGCAAAAUGAUGGAGAUGCAGAAAGGUCUUUUCGUAAAUUUAGGUUGAUUGCUGAAGAUGUACAACAUCGUAAUGUAUUGACAAACUUCCAUGGUAUGGAUUUAACUACAGAUAAAUUAAGAUCCAUGGUUAAGAAAUGGCAAACUCUGAUAGAAGCUAAUGUUGAUGUAAAAACUACUGAUGGAUAUUUGCUCAGAGUUUUCUGCAUUGGUUUUACUAACAAAGAUCAAUUAAGCACAAGAAAAACAUGUUAUGCUCAACAUGCACAGGUCAAAAAAAUCAGACAAAAAAUGGUAGAUACAAUUACAAAUGAUGUUACAAAAAGUGAUUUAAAGGGUGUAGUCAGUAAGCUUUUACCAGAUGCUACUGCAAAAGACAUUGAAAAAGCUUCACAAGGAAUUUAUCCACUGCAUGAUGUUUAUAUUCGCAAGGUUAAAGUAUUAAAGAAGCCACGAUUCGAAUUGAGCAAAUUACUGGAGCUCCACGGUGACGGUGCGGGUAGUAAGAGCGAAGAAGUAGGCGAAAGUGGUUCAAAAGUCGAUAGACCAGAAGGCUAUGAACCACCUGUACAGGAAUCCGUUUAAGAGAAUAAUUCUCUUUCAAAAUUUGAUAUAAAUAAAAAUCACGUUCCAGUGUGAAUAUUA